AUCCAAUUUGAAAAAAAAACAAAAAAAACAAAAAAAGAAAGAGGUGAAAAACAGAUCCGUAGCUUUGUGGAUGCACAACCCAAAACAGACCCAACGCCGCCACAAAGCUCUUUCUCUCCGCCGUCUGCCACCGGUACAACACCCGUCAGUAGCAAUUUUGGAGUUCCGGUGGAGUUUCAAUUGUCCAUAACCCUCUCUUCACCUGUUUUACAACGAGUAUUUCUUUGUUGUUUCUGUCUACGGUGCUUCACGGAAUCAUUGAUUUCACCGGAAUACACCAUUGAAACGUCAUCUUUCCUGCAGAUUUUAAGGUAAAUGCCUUGUAAUUAGAUUUUAUGGGUUUAGUAAGUGAAAGACCUGGGCUUUGAUUCUUGAUGCGCAGCAAGUUUGACUUUUGAGCAUAAUGGUGGCUCCAUCUUCAACCUCUACCUCCCUGAAGGAGUACCUAAAAAAAUAUGAAAGUAACACCAAUGAAGAAGAAAAGAAGAAACAGAAGAAAAAGAAGAAGGUUAAACCUAAUAAUGUCAAAGGUGUCGUCGUCGUUGACGAAGAUCCUGUUUGGCAAAAGCCUGUAAAAAUUGAAGAUGAAAAGGAUGAGUCAGCUGACGAAGAGCUGCCUCAGGUAAAUGAAGAUAUUGAAGUUAAGCGCAUGAAGAGAUUGGAGCAGAUUAGUGCUAGACGUCCAUACGGUUCCGUUUCAGAAGAUGGAAGUGGUUGGGUUUCUGUUUCAAGUACUUCAAAUAAUAUCAUAUCUGAUGACCAAAUUUCUGAUUUGUCCCCGACACGGAUAAGACUUGGUCGAAAUGAUAUUCCCUCACCAGAACCUCAACUCAAUCCAUCAAGUCCUGCAGUUGAUUUAUCACCACCACGUAAACCGAGGGCUCGAAAUACUACACCCUCUCCAGAAAGUGGGCGGAAGCAGCCAAGAACUCAAGAGGGUGACUUGUCGCCACCCCGCAAACGUAGUGCCAGGAAUGAUACACGGAGGACUAGGAUUCGUACACCUUCACCUGAACCCCAGUUGAAGCGUUCAAGCGCAAAAGAUGCUGAUUUGUCACCACCACGUAAGCGGAGGGUUCGGAAUGAUACACCUGAACUUGAAAUGAAGCCUUUGAGUACUAGAGAUACUGAUAUUUCACCACCACGUAGACGAAGGGUUCAGAAUGAUACACCUGAAUCUGAUAUGAAGUCUUUGAGCAGUAGAGAUAUGCAUAUCUCACCACCAAGGCGACGUAGGACUCGAAAUGAUACCCCUUCACCAGAACCCAAAGCCAGGCCUUCUGCUGAUUUGUCACCACCAAGACGGAGGCAAAAGUACGGCCAAAGUCUUCCAGAUAUCUCUGAUGUUUCUCCUCCUCGACGAGGUUCCCGUGCACAAGGUGAUUCGAGAGCUGAUCAAGUUACAGAUCUCUCGCCUUUGAGGAAAAAGAAGGACCAAAAUGCACUGGAGGCACGUCCAGUUUCAUCCACUACAAAGCAGGGGCCAAAGACUGGUUUGGUUAGUGGCAAAGAUAUCAAAGAAGAAAUUGAUCGGACAAAGAAGGAAGACUGGAUGAGGUUUCAGGAAAUGGAUCCCUUGGUUAGUGGCCGAGGCGCUGAACCGGUAUAUCGGGAUAGAAUUACAGGACAACGAAUGUCAAAGGAGGAGUUCUUGAAGUCCAAGAAGAAGAAGGAAGAGAAGGAGAAGCCAAAGGAAAUAAAACUGGAAUGGGGAAAGGGCUUGGCUCAAAAGCGCGAGAUGGAGGUUAGGCUUCAGGAACUAGAAAAUGAGAAGGACAAGCCAUUUGCACGGAGCAGAGAUGAUCCAGAACUUGACACAAUGCUGAAGGAAAGAGUUCGAUGGGGCGACCCAAUGGCACAUUUGGUUAAGAAAAAGCUGGACCCAAUUCUGCCGGACUUUGGGGCUAAUGAGAAAAUGAAGGACUCUGGUUUUAUAAUCCCUCAGGAGAUCCCUUCUCACAGCUGGAUAAAAAGAGGAUUGGAUGCAGCACCCAAUCGUUAUGGUAUAAGGCCAGGGCGACACUGGGAUGGGGUUGACCGAAGUACAGGAUAUGAGAAGGAGUUGUUCAAGAGGACGAAUGAGAAACAAGCAACCGAAAGAGAAGCAUAUCUGUGGUCUGUGUCCGACAUGUGACUUGUUCCAGUUUUCGUUAGCUUUUUAUAUUUCAAUGGGACAACUGCCUCCCUCCACUUCUCUUCAAUCAUUUGCAUAGAAAGACUCGUAGCUUAUAUAAUCCCAACAUGUUGUUGUAUUGCCUUUAGUACCUAGCCAUAAACUGCUAACCCACUUCUCCUUUGAUCCCCUCCUCUCUGUUUUGAGUAUAUUCUGGGUUUAUAUGGUGGUGUCUUCCCAAUGUAGUUUUUCCAUCCAUUGUCAUUUUUUGUGUAUAAUUGUUUAAAUUGUUUCCGCGUUUCUUUUUUAUUCGUGGGUUAAAUUUUGAGUUGAUGCUCGAAUUUGAUAAACGGGUUGUUGAUUCUACUACUUGUGUUGUUGAGUAUUGGAAAUGGGUGUUUGUGUUUUGAGCUAAAA